AUGGCCGGAACGGUGAUAAAUCCGGCGCCGGUGACUAGGACGGUGGCUAUGUCAACCGGCCAGACACCGUCUUCGUCUUACGUCAACUCUUUCCGCAUUUCGGCUGUCGUUGAUCGAUUACUUGUUCACGUUGGCGAUGGAUCAAAGAGCGAUAAGAAUGAGUUUUUUAAUCUAUGCCUCUCCCUUGCCAGAGGUAUCGACUAUGCUGUUGCUCACAAUGAAAUUCCUGUGAGAGCUCCAGACUUGCCUUAUUUGUUGAAGCAGUUAUGUCAAAGGAGAGAUGAUACCCUACUCCAUGCAGCUAUCAUGGUGCUGCUGAUCUCUAUAAAGAGUGCAUGUAGAAAUGGAUGGUUUGAUGCGAAGGAUAGUGAAGAACUUCAUAUUCUUUUGAGUGAGAUAGCAAGUAGUUUCUGCAGUGUUGAAGAUAUGAACUCUGAAGAGGGCACAUUGCAUCGCAACAUCUCAACAGUUAUGUCAAGGUUCUAUCCAAGAAUGAGGAUGGGUAAAAUACUUGUUUCUGUUGAGGCUAAGCAAGGGUAUGGAACAUUUGUGAACGAUUUCUAUAUUACAAAGAAAACAAUAUCUUCUGAUGAUAAAAUAUGUUUGUUUGUUGCUCAAACAGAUAAUAUGGAGACAUCGUCAUGCAUCAUAAGUCCCCAGCAAGUCAACUUCUUGUUGAAUGGAAGAGCUGUGGAUAGGAGGACUUGUGCUCACAAGGAUACCGGACCACAAAAUCCAACACUUGUAACACAUAUGCUUAAGUAUGGAACCAAUCUUCUUCAAGCGGUGGGCCAGUUCUAUGGGAAAUAUAUUAUAGUUGUUGCCUUCAUGAGUAAGGUUCCGAUUCCAAGCUGUCCUUCCCUUCCAGAUUAUGUGCCACCACCACCAGCUGCUGCUCCUGAUUCCUCAGAUAAUGAUAUAAUCGAAGGGCCAUCUAGAAUAUCACUAAAUUGCCCCAUAAGCUUCAAACGUAUCAAGACACCGGUCAAAGGACAAUUGUGCAAACAUCUUCAGUGCUUUGAUUUUGAUAACUAUUUGGGCAUGAACUCACGAAGACCAUUGUGGCGUUGUCCCCAUUGUAGUCAAUCUGUCUGCUUCGUUGACAUCCGAGUUGACCAGAACAUGGUUAAGGUCCUGAAAGAAGUACUUCCUAAUGUUUCUCAUGUGUCAAUCUCUGCUGAUGGCUCGUGGGAAGUUGUUUCCGAGGGUGAUGAUCAUUCGGAUAAACCACAAGAUAAGGCACCGUUACACCAAGAAUCUACCAUCUCAACGGGUGCCGAUAUUUUGGACCUUACAGAAGGUGAUACCGAUAUGGAUGCCAGUAAUUCUCGUCACAAUGAUGACAGCAAACCUUCCCCUGCUCAGUUGCAAGCACAACUUAUCAAUUAUCAAAAUGGCAGUUAUGUGAACAUGAACAAUACCAGCAAUGAAAAUGGGACGUACCCGACACCUGCCAGGCUCGUAACAAGAAAUCCAAUUGCUGUUCAGGCACUUCCGGUUCAGACUUCUGCAGGAAUGGUUAGUGACGAUAGAACGCGACAAUCUUCUAGAUUUCGUAUGAAUUCACGUCAAGUUUCGCGCAUGAUCUCAGCUCUACCAUCACCUGACAUGGGGUCACAGAACUGGGUUCAUCACGAUCUUUCACACGUUUCAAGUCAACCAGUUCAGCAGUUUGGUCCUUGUUCAGGUCCACCAUUAAGUGGUCACUGGUAUCCUUCAGCUCUUCCGGCAGAUCGAUUCAACUCUCACCAUAACCAACCAUCAAACCAGAGGAUACCAAAUCCAAUAUGGUCACUUGCUCAGUUGCCUCCUCAAGUUUGCCACGGAGGUGUAGGUCCCACAAGCAACCAACAGUUCCCCCACUAUGCCAUGGACGCUGCUCAACAAGCGAUCCAGAUCAGGAGCAUGACACCAUCCGUUCAAGCUCCAGUCCAAACUUCUGUAUCAUCUGUGCCUGUGGCAUCAUCGGAAGUGCAAGGAGGUGAAGCUCCAAGGGUGUUGGAGGGUUCCGCCGAUGAAAACCAGCGACCAGCUCGACGUAUGCGUGGAAGUUUAUCGGGUCGGGAUUAUUCAGACGCACUUAAUCGUCUCAUAAUUCAUCCAACACAACCGGUCCAAGCUGCUAGACCGCCGGUUUUGAACGCCCCCAGACCUGCCUUACCGCCCCAUCUGCAAGUUCUAAUGGCAAAUAACAUAAAUGCUCGCGGUUCUCAAGGCGGUGCAAAUGGUUCGGUAUUGGAUAGUAGUAAUGGCGACACCACUGCCGGAGUUUUGUUGCCUGAAAAGUAA